AUGCUUCCACACUGGACGUCGCGUCAGCCUUCUCCGCCGCCUCAGCCGUCUGAACCACCUCAGCAGACUCCGCUGCGUCAGCCAUCUCCGCCACGUCAGCAGACUCUGCUGCCUCAGCCCCGGAGAAAGAGAACGACCGUCACUCCGACGGCUAGUAGUACAUCUGGGAAGAAAUCCAGAGCAAAUACAAGCAUCAAGAAGGCUCCUCCCAAGUUAGCAUACGAACUAAGUGAUGACGAACUCGACAAGGUCGUGGCUGCCGAUGUGAAACGUCAGUUUGCACCGAAACGUCAAGAUCCAAAGGAGAAAAUAGAUCCGGUAAAAGCAAACCACACUCUGGAUAACCUUGUGCGAGCAUCACCGCCUCCGUCGCUAUCACACUAUGACCGAUGUAUUGUAAAGACAUUUGGUGAAGUGAAGCGGUCGGGAAGUAGCAAUGGUGCAAGAACUGGGAAAACAAUUCGCCAGCUCGGCGAACAGAAAGACCAAUCGUGCCCCCCGCUCAAGGUGUUUGCUGAUAUUGCUAAUGAUCCGGGGAUAGCGGAUCUUGGUUGCACUCUUGUUGAAUACUUAGGUGAGGAGGCAGAUUUCCCCAUGACUGAGUUAGCCUUUAGAUACGAGCACGGGAAGCCUCUCGCCAGACCUGUGUUGGAACACGCGUACCUCCCCGCCGACCCCUUCUUCGCCCCACCACCCCUGCCCUCCCCGCACGCCUUCCUCCUGCACGACCUCACCGACCGCGUCGCCGCCCUCGAGCUCACCCUCGCGGCCCGCGCGGCCGCCCCGCAGCCCGCGCGCCGUAAGUACACCUACGCGGCGGCCUCCCCGGGGGGCCGCAAGGUGAAGUGGACGGCGGAGGAGAAGCCGCGCGGCGGGGGCCGGGCGCUCAAGUGGGAGGCGGAGCUCGCCUCCCCCAACGACGACGGAUUCGACCGCAAGUGGAAGUGGGAGGCCAAGUCCAAGCCCGGCUCCGGCAAGGCCAAGACCAAGUGGGGCACCGAGAUCAAGGGCAAGGGCUCGCUCGAGCCAUGGUCGCACGCAUACACCUGGGAGGAGGACUUCACCGCCUCCGACGACGACGAGGACGAGGGCGAGUACGGGCAGAUUGAGGAGCGCAAGCCGGAGAAGAAGAAGAAGGAGGACAAGCCCAAGAAGAUCAAGGAGGAUGACAACAAGAAGAAGAAGCCGGCGAGGACGUGCGUCCAGAUCGAGGAGAUCCCCGAGGACAACACCGCCGGCUGCGACGCCAUCCGCAAGGCCUUUGCCAUGGGGAACGGCAAGGGGAAGGCCAAGGAGCUGUCGCCGCAGGACGCCGCGCUGCUCAUCCAGAUGAACUACAGGGCGCACCUCGCCCACCGCUCCCAGGUGCUCCGCUGCCUGCGCGACCUCGCCGUCGCCAAGGCCAAGCUCAAGGAGCUCAGGUCCCUCUUCUACAACCUCUCCUACAGGCGCCGCCUCUCGCAUGACCACGAGGAGCGCCAGAGGUUCUCCGAGAAGAUCAUUGUCCUGCUCCUCACUGUCGAUGCGCUCGAGGGACCUGACUUCAUGGUGAGGACGGCAAAGAAAUCUAUGCUGGAGGAACUCGAGAGCAUGCUGGAGAUCGUGGACCCGCAGCCUCCAGGGAAGCAGAGGUCGUUCAGCCGCCGCAAGUUUGAUCUUCCGGAGGGCGGAGCGAUCCCGAAUGAGAAAACUGCGGGUGUGAACAACGCGGUCAGGGUCAUCAACACUGGCAAGGGCAAGCAGUAGGCACUAGCGCCUAGUUUAGUGGCCGGUACCAUGGCCAAUCGAUGGAGCUUGUAGCGCCGCUUUGUCUGUUAGAUAGUCCGGUUCAUCUUAGAUUUCCAGUGUCUUUGAGAUUUGAGAAAGAUUGAACUUGUUGUGUACCAUCAUUCGGGAUGUCGUAGCAUGUAUGAUCCGUAUCGUUUGUUUGGACUUGUUGUAAUGUAUGCUGUUGUUGAAUUACCAGUAGAAGAGUUUGGUGCUUUAAUUAUCA